GUACCCCUCCUCCGUGCCUACAGCCCCUCCGCUAGAGACCACUUCUACACCACUGACACUUCUGAGAUGAAGAAUGCGGUGACCAACCUGGGCUACCUGCAAGAGGGCAAUGCGGCGACAGUUCAUCCUAACCAGACCCCGAAUACCAUCCCACUCUACCGUCUCUGGAGCCCUUCCUCCCGAGACCACUUCUAUACUACUUCGGCCAGCGAGCGGGACAAUGCCGUCCAGAGACUCAAAUACUCCAAGGAGGGCAUCGCGGCUUACGUUUACGGGACGCAGUUAUGCGGUACCGUGCCGCUGUAUAGGAUGUACAGCUCGUCGGCCAAGGACCACUUCUACACCACUAACGCGGCGGAGAAGGACAAUGCCGUCAAAAACCUGGGAUACUCCUACGAGGGGAUCGCGGCCUAUGUCAAACCUCAGCGCUCAGCACUGCCGGUGAGAACGUGCAUGGCGUCAGUUAGCUAA